UCUUUCUUUUUGAGGAGAGGCAGCAAUUUUUGUCCAUUCUUGAGCUGAAAGCAGGAACAAAACCAAACAGGCAGACCGCCCAGCAUCACUGCCAACAGCCAUGAAUGGCACAGAAGGCCCCAACUUCUACGUGCCCAUGUCCAACAAGACUGGGGUGGUCCGCAGCCCUUUUGAGUACCCUCAGUACUACCUGGCUGAGCCAUGGAAGUACUCUCUCCUAGCUGCUUACAUGCUAUUCCUCAUCAUUACUGCCUUCCCCAUCAACUUCCUCACCCUUUAUGUCACUGUCAAACACAAAAAACUGAGGACCCCUCUAAACUAUAUCCUGCUCAACCUGGCAGUGGCUGACCUCUUCAUGGUCAUGGGGGGUUUCACUGUCACCCUCUACACAGCCCUGCAUGGAUACUUCGUCUUGGGUGUCAGCGGCUGCAACACUGAGGGAUUCUUUGCCACCUUAGGAGGAGAGAUUGCCCUCUGGUCUCUGGUGGUAUUGGCUAUUGAGCGCUACAUUGUGAUCUGUAAACCAAUGAGCAAUUUCCGCUUUGGGGAGAGACAUGCUAUCGCUGGAGUGGCAUUCACAUGGAUCAUGGCCCUGACCUGUGCUGUGCCCCCCUUGUUCGGAUGGUCCCGGUACAUCCCAGAGGGCAUGCAGUGUUCCUGUGGGAUUGACUACUACACUCCCAAGCCUGAGAUCAACAACACCUCGUUCGUCAUCUAUAUGUUUAUCCUCCAUUUCUGUAUUCCCCUGUUCAUCAUCUUCUUCUGCUACAGCCGCCUGCUAUGCACCGUGCGAGCGGCCGCAGCCCAGCAGCAGGAGUCUGAGACCACCCAGCGAGCAGAGAGGGAAGUGACAUGCAUGGUAAUUGUCAUGGUGAUCUCCUUCUUGGUGUGCUGGGUGCCCUAUGCCAGUGUGGCUUGGUACAUCUUUGCCAAUCAGGGAACUGAGUUCGGACCAGUAUUCAUGACUGCGCCGGCCUUCUUUGCCAAGAGUUCCUCUCUGUACAACCCAGUCAUCUAUAUUCUGCUAAACAGACAGUUCAGGAACUGCAUGCUAACCACGGUGUGCUGUGGAAAGAACCCGUUUGGAGAGGAGGAGACCACCAGUGCUGUUGCUGCCUCCAAAACUCAGACCUCCUCCGUCUCCUCCAGCCAGGUCGCCCCUGCUUGACCUACAACCCCUACUGCUCCUAACCCACCA